UUGGAGGGCUGGUGGUAGCGGCUUGGGGAGGUGCUCGCUCUCUCGGUCUCGCUCUCUCGCUCGCUUCCCCCGGCUCCCUUCGGUGCCCCCCCCGGUCGCCUGCGUGCCGGAGUGUGUGCGAGGGAGGGGGAGGGCGUCGGGGGGGUGGGGGGAGGCUUUCCGGUCCCCAGGAGACCCGCGGAAGGAGGCGGAGGCUGCGAGGGACUCCGGGAAGCCAUGGACGUCGAGAGGCUGCAGGAGGCGCUGAAAGAUUUUGAGAAGAGGGGGAAAAAGGAAGUUUGUCCGGUCCUGGAUCAGUUUCUUUGUCAUGUAGCCAAGACUGGAGAAACAAUGAUUCAGUGGUCCCAGUUUAAAGGCUAUUUUAUUUUCAAACUGGAGAAAGUGAUGGAUGAUUUCAGAACUUCAGCUCCUGAACCAAGAGGUCCUCCCAACCCUAAUGUCGAAUAUAUUCCCUUUGAUGAAAUGAAGGAAAGGAUACUGAAAAUUGUCACUGGAUUUAAUGGUAUACCUUUUACUAUUCAGCGACUAUGUGAAUUGCUCACAGAUCCAAGGAGAAACUAUACAGGAACAGACAAAUUUCUCAGAGGAGUAGAAAAGAAUGUGAUGGUUGUUAGCUGUGUUUAUCCUUCUUCAGAGAAGAACAAUUCCAAUAGUUUAAAUCGAAUGAAUGGUGUUAUGUUUCCUGGAAAUUCACCAAGUUACACUGAAAGGUCUAAUAUAAAUGGACCUGGAACACCCAGGCCACUUAAUCGACCAAAGGUUUCUUUGUCAGUCCCCAUGACAACAAAUGGCUUACCUGAGAGCACAGACAGCAAAGAGUCAAACUUAAAGCAAAAUGAGGACAAAAAUCACAGUGACUCUUCGACAUCUGAAUCAGAAGGUUCCUCAGUGAGCCCUAUAAAAAAUAAACAUCCAGAUGAAGAUACUGUGGAAGCUGAGGGGCAUGAGGUAAAAAGACUCAGGUUUGACAAAGAAAGUGACGUCAGAGAGAUGGCCAGUCAAACAUCUUCCAGUGAAAUUUCUUCAGUUAUGGUAGAAGAAACAGAAGCUCCAUCUUCAUCUCAGAAUAAAGACAAAGAAAGUAGUUGUACCAGGCAGCACUGUACAGAAGAGGAUGAAGAAGAGGAUGAAGAGGAAGAAGAAGAGUCUUUUAUGACAUCAAGAGAAAUGAUCCCAGAAAGAAAAAAUCAAGAAAAAGAAUCUGAUGAUGCCUUAACUGUGAAUGAAGAGACUUCUGAGGAAAAUAAUCAAAUGGAGGAAUCUGAUCUGACUCAAGUUGAGAGAGGUUUACAUUCUGAAGGUAGUGAAAAUACAGGCCCUGUAAGUAGUUCCAAUUGCCAUGAAACGGAAGAAUUAAUAGGAUCCAAUUCCAGUAAAACUGGAGAGGUUCUCUCAGAAUCAUCCAUGGAAGCCGCAGAAGUCACAGAUGAGCCAAUGGAGCAAGACUGACUGUUGAGAAGUAUUUAGGUGCAGUAGUUUACGUGCGGUUCUGGGUUACGCUGUAUAAAACUGUUACGUAAUAACGUUGGACCUUUAGUUUUACAAGAGAAGCAGGUCGUAAAAUAAAGUACUUUAUGGGAUAAAUCCUGAAAGAGUUGUUCAUGUAAGAACUGUGAAUAUCAGCUCCUCUGGGUCCUGCUUACCGCUGACUUUUUUUGGUCUGGUCAAAUCAGUGGUUUGUGUAUAGAUUUUUUUUUUUUUUAAUUUAGAGUUAAAAAUUUUAAACUGGAAGAUAAUUAUAAUUUUGAAAACUUUUGGAGAUUAUCACAUUUAGUUUAUACAUAUGCAAGAAAGCUUUUUGUCUUGUCUCUUUCUGACAGCUCUAGCAGUUUUCAUAUUUUGGUCAUAGUUUCAACAUUUUAACAUGUGAAUUAUAGGGUUUCAUGUUGGUUUCCAGAUUUUAUUGUUUGACUAUGUACUAUGGAACUUUAAGUCAUAUAUACAUAUAUAUAUAUUAUUCUAAGGGGGGAAAUGUUAUAUUUUUCUUUUUCUAUAAGAGAUGAAUACAGUGGAUACUUUUUCUAUUGGUAAUGAUUGAGUUCACCUCUUUCAGAAGACAGUUUCUUUCUCUUCUGAGUAAUUCAAAUAAAAUCUGGCCCUCGUGAAACCCUGGAAAUCUUAAGUCUGUUGAAAUACCAGGUUAAACACAUUCCAAGAGAUCUGUUCAAACUAAAAUUCUUUUGUAUACUUCUGAGGUGCCUGAGAAAAAGACUUCAUUAUUUAUGAGAAAAUGUGCUUUAUCUUGGAAAUUGUGUUCAAACAUUAGCUUACUAUUUUAUAGAAUGAAUGCUUAUAAAGCUGACACGAGACCAUCUCAGAAGAACCAGGCAGGUUCCUUUACCUUUUGCUUGCUUUUCUGAACAGUGUGAAUACUACACAUUUCUUUCUAAAUUAUUCUAGAGUAUACAGAUGUCAAUGGUAUGAAACACCACUGUACUGGAAGAAUUAAUAUAUUACUUUAGUAAUGUACCGGAGCUAAAUGACUGAAGCUUUAGGGGUACAUAAAAACCACCGUAAUUUGUAUGACAUUUUGAAGUGAAUUAAAUAUUUUUGAACAUG